AUGAAGGGACAAGACGUUCUCCGUGUUGCUGGGUAUACUGUGGCUCUUGGCGUUUUAUCUGAGAUUGUGUACACGAUUUAUAAAAGACUGAUAAAGAAAGCAGUUUCAAAGAGAGAUACGACAGAGGUGAUAUUUUUCCCCGAUAGCAAAGUGGCGUGUGUAGAUUUCUUCACAAAACCCGAUGGCUGUGUGGUAAGGGGAUGCAAAUUUUCACACCAGGAUAAUUCACUUAGCAAACUGUUUAUGAUGCUGUCAAAGUCCACACAGAGCAUGGAUGUCUGCGUGUUUGUUAUGACUUGCACUGACCUGACGGAUCUGCUCAUCCGGGCACAUUGGAGAGGAGUGCGUGUCCGAGUGAUCACGGACUGUGAACAGGAAGGUGCCACUGGUUCUCAAGUCUGGCGUUUACGUAGUGAAGGUAUUGCUGUACGUACAGACGAGUCCUCAUUCUUCAUGCAUCAUAAGUUCGUGGUUAUCGAUGGGAACACACUGAUCAAUGGGUCAUUUAACUGGACCCGACAGGCCAUCACAGGCAACCAAGAGAACCUACUGAUCUCGAACAACCAUGCGCUGGUUACAGAAUACCACAAACAGUUUGAAUACCUCUGGGGGCUCUAUGACCCAGGAGAGGUCACAUUGAUUUACCACAGGACAAAGGGUAGGGGAACCUACUCAUCUCAGCAACCAUACGCUGCUUACAGUAUACCACAAUCUGAAUACCUCUUGGGGCUCUGACCCACGGAGAGGUCACAUUGAUUUACCACAGGACAAAGGAUAGGGGGACCUACUGGUCUCAGCAACCAUACGCUGCUUACAGAAUACCACAAUCUGAAUACCUCUGGGGGCUCUAUGACCCACGGAGUGGUCACCUUGAUUGACCACAGAACAAAGGAUAGUUCUCAUGGAUCCAUUUGGAAUAUUCCUGCCACACAAAGACAGUCCAUGGUGUUCAGUAUUCCUGGACUUACGUGUAAGUAAACUUAUAGAUACUGUAGGUUGUCUGAUCCAGAGGCAAGUGUACCCACCACAGUCCACUGGUGGUAUUAUUCAGUCAGCAAAUAGGGCGCCGAGCCAACAAAGAACCAAGGAAGAACUGGUAUUUUGUCGUAAUAACCACAGAUUUAUUGUUAU